UAGAGCCAAUAAAUCUCGCGAGCAAUGCGAUUGCGGCUCAACUUGUAAAGGGGUGAUUAGGCGCAAGGGUGUCUGUGUUCCUCAAAGCUCUCCGUUUUCUUUUGCUUCUUCGGCCUUCUUGCUAGGUGGCCGGUUUUUCUUUGUGCAUGAACCUCUGCCUGAGAAAAGGUCGCUUCCCCCUAAGUCUAGACACGGGUUUCUAGCUGCAUUUCUGAACAGCGUAAUUUUGGCAGCAUUACCUGUAAAUAAAAGGAAACUGAGGGAUAUUUUAAUAUCUGGAUCUUUUUGCCAGAUGAGGAAACUGAAGCACAGAUGUUAAUUAGCUUCAAGCAAGGUUGCAUAGCUAAUGUGCAUCAAAGCAGUUCUGUAUACCCUUGCAGAAGGAUUCCAGUGUUUCUGUGCUCUUAACUACCAAUGCAGUCUCUCAACUUUUGACAUUGAUGAAAUCUAAAUGAGCUUUAAACAUCAGUAGUAAAAGUCUGUAAGCAUUGGAAUAAGACUUUUGGCAUCCAACAUAGUGCAGCAUGGAUUCUCUACCAGAAGAAUUUUUUAUGAGUCGGGAUCCUCCCGUGGAGGGGCAGAUUAAGGAGGACAUCAAGAAUAAGUUAGAAAAAUCAACUGAUCAACUGGAUAAACAGGAGAAGGACACACCUACCGAUCUUGUCACUGUUAACUUACUAGUAGAGAUGAAGAAGUUAUUGAAUGCAAUUAGUACACUACCAAAAGGUGUGGUCCCUCACAUUAAGAAGUUCUUACAAGAAAACUUUUCCUUCCAAAUUAUGCAGGGAGAAGUUGCAGCUAAUGGGCAGAAUGGGGAGGAAAUUGUUCCUGUUUUAACUUUACGUUUCUUGAUAACACAAGUGGAAACAGCACUUAGGAAUGUUCAAGCUACUAAUUGUACUGCACAGCAGAUUAAUAUUGGUUAUUAUCUGACAUUAUUAUUUUUGUAUGGAGUAGCACUCACUGAAAGAGGAAAGAAAGAGGAUUAUACAGAAGCCGAAAAUAAAUUUCUAGUGAUGAAGAUGGUGAUCCAAGAAAAUGAAAUUUAUGAAAAUUUUAUGUCUUUAGUUUAUUUUGGACGUGGUUUGCUUCGAUGUGCCCAGAAGAGAUAUAAUGGAGGACUCCUAGAAUUUCAUAAAAGCUUACAAGAAAUAGGAGAUACAAAUGACCAUUGGUUUGACAUAGAUCCUACAGAAGAUGAAGAUUUACCUACAACUUUUAAAGAUCAUCUUAAUGAUUUUAUCAAGGCAACUGAAAGUAAUAUAAUGAAGGAGACGAUUUGCAGUUUUCUAGAUUGUGAGCGAUCUUGUGAAGCUGACAUUUUAAAGAACACCAAUUACAAGGGAUUUUUUCAGUUAAUGUGCAGUAAAAGCUGCUGUGUUUAUUUCCAUAAAAUUUGUUGGAAAAAGUUCAAGAAUUUAAAAUAUCCAGGUGAAAAUGAUCAGAGUUUUAGUGGGAGAAAAUGUUUGAAGGAAGGAUGUACAGGCGACAUGGUAAGGAUGCUACAAUGUGAUGUACCUGGAAUUGUUAAAAUUUUGUUUGAAGUUGUGAGAAAGGAUGAAUAUAUAACCAUUGAAAAUUUAGGAGCAAGUUAUAAAAAGUUGAUGUCUCUGAAAAUUACUGAUACUGAUAUAAGACCGAAGGUCAAUUCAAAAUUUAGUGCAAAAGAUGAAAUGCCUAUCUUCAAACUUGAUUAUAACUAUUUCUAUCAUCUGCUUCAUAUAAUUAUCAUUUCUGGUACUGACGUUGUCCGGCAAAUAUUUGAUGAGGCUAUGCCACCCCCUCUUUUGAGAAAAGAGCUUCUCAUACACAAGAAUGUGCUGGAACCCUACUACAACCAUCUUUGGACCAAUCACCCUUUGGGUGGAGCAUGGCAUCUGCUUUAUCCCCCAAACAAGGAGCUACCACAGUCCAAACAGUUUGACUUAUAUCUCCUAUUAGCUCUCAUAAAACAUUUGAAUGUAUUCCCUGCACCCAAAAAAGGCUGGAAUAUGGAACCACCGUCUUCUGAUCUCUCUAAGUCUGCCGACAUCUUGAGGCUGUGCAAACUCAGGGAUAUCCUCCUUAGUGAGAUUUUGAUGAAUGGUCUCAGUGAGUCACAGUUCAAUUCAAUUUGGAAGAAAGUUUCAGAUAUUCUUCUGCGCCUUGGGAUGAAGCAAGAGGAUAUUGACAAAGUGAAGGAGAAUCCCAUUGAGAAUAUCUCCCUUGAUCACCAUCAACUGUCCAUCUACCUAGGCAUACCAGUACCAGAUGUCAUCCAGAGGAUGUUAUCCUGCUAUCAACAAGGAAUUGCUCUACAAUCAAUAACGGGCAGUCAACAUAUUGAAAUAGACGAGCUAAAGAAUGAGGAAGAAGUUCUAAGUCCACCUCUCAUGGAAUACAAUAUAAAUGUGAACUCAAACCCUGAAAUACAAUUAGCAGAAUUGAAUAAAGAUGGAGCAUCGAUACCCAGUGAAUCUUCAACAGAAUCUACUAAAGAUCUCCAGGAAGUUAAGAAUAAACCAAAGAAAAAGAAAAAGACUAAGAAUAAAAAGAAUAAGGAAUCAAAAGAAGAACAAGUCCCAAAUAUGGUAGGACAGGAAGAGCAGUUGAAGAAAGAGCAAGCAAAUCUACACCCAGUCAGUAGAUUUAUGAAAGAUGAUGCAAGUGAUAUUCAAGAGGAUUCUGCAACAGAAGACAAGUUCUAUAGCCUGGAUGAACUGCAUGUUCUGGACAUGAUAGAGCAGGGCUCAACCAGCAAAGUGACCACAGACUAUGGGGAAACCGAGAAGGAGAAGCUUGCUCGGCAACAGCAGCUCCAUAAAUUGCACUCUCAGUGUGAAGAUUUCAAAAGACAGUUGAAAACAGUGACUUUUCGGUGGCAAGAAAACCAAAUGCAGAUUAAGAAGAAAGACAAAAUCAUUGCAUCUCUUAACCAACAAGUGGCUUUUGGAACCAAUAAGGUUUCCAAAUUACAGCGUCAGAACCAUGCUAAAGAUAAUGAAAUCAAGAAUCUUAAGGAGCAACUUUCCAUGAAAAGAUCUCAAUGGGAAAUGGAGAAGCAUAAUCUGGAAAGCACAAUUAAAACAUACUUAAACAAACUGAAUGCAGAAACUAGCAGAGCUUUAACAGCUGAGGUGUACUUCUUACAGUGUCGUAGAGACUUUGGUUUGCUCCACCUAGAGCAGACUGAAAAGGAAUGCCUCAGUCAGCUUGCCAGGGUGUCUCGUAUGGCGGCAAGCAACCUGGAGUCACUUCAAUUAAAGGCUGCUGUAGAGAGUUGGAAUGCCAUUGUAACAGAUGUUAGAAAUAAGAUUGCAUUCCUCAGGACACAGUACAAUGAACAAAUUAACAAGGUGAAGCAAGGGUUUGCCCUGAGUACCUUGCCUCCAAUCCAACUUCCUCCACCACCACCUAACCCUGAGAUACUGAUGCAGCAAUUCUUAGGAAGACCCCUUGUGAAAGAAUCUUUCUUCAGACCCAUACUCAGUGUUCCUCAGAUGCCUGCCGUUUGCCCUGGAGCCAUCUCUGCGCCUGGCCAACCUAGAGCCCCACUGAUGACUGGUAUAGCCUGGACUGUACCGGCGCCUAUGGGAGAGUCUGUGCCUCCUCCCAGUGCAGGUCUGGGAAGUGAUCCCCCCAUGAUGAAAUGGGAGAGGAUUAUAGACAGGCUGAAAACUGCUUUUCCACAACAAACCAGAAAGGAGCUUACAGAUUUCUUAUGGAAAUUGAAGGACAUUCAUGGGAAAUCCUUAUCUGGACUGACAUUUGAUGAAAUUGUACACAAGAUUUCCCAAUUUAUUGACCCCAAGAGAUCACAGAGUCAAGAAAAAUCUGUGCCAAAUGAUAACUGUGUUUCACCCAGUCACACUCCUCCACAGUCUAAUGCUGCCCAGCCACCAAAGCCAGCCCGGAGGCCCCUCAGUUUCCAAGGGCCUGUCACAUGGGAAGGAGCCAAUAAUUUGGAUAAAGAGGAGGAGGAAGAGGAGCCUUGUGUGAUUUGUCAUGAGAAUCUCUCUCCAGAAAACCUCUCAGUUUUGCCUUGUGCUCACAAAUUCCACUCUCAGUGCAUUAGACCUUGGCUGAUGCAACAGGGGACAUGCCCAACCUGCAGACUCCAUGUUUUGUUACCAGAAGAAUUUCCUGGUCACCCCAGCCGGCACUUACCCAAGAUCUGAUCCAAGGAGGUGACUAUGCAAAAGAUGUUCAGUUAGCAUAUUGUAGAAUUUAGUUUUCCCUUUUUUUUAUGAGCUGAUAGUGUGAGUGGUAUGAAGAAGUAAUCUCAUCAAAGCUGCAGCCAAAGAGGACAGGACUUGAAACCGAACUGAAAGGGAUUAAAUUUUAAGUUACAUUAUAUUUGCCCUUAUCUUAGUAAGCCUUUUCUUGUGAUGUAAACAUCACUGUUAACAUCCAUAAAUCUUGGAUGUUUUUUCUUGACUUUUCCCUUCUUACUCUACUUAUCCUUUAUUGCAAAUAUGCUUCAUUUUAAUUUCCUGAAAUAAAUUUGAGAAAAAGGGGAAUAGCAAACAAAUAUAAAAAUUCAACAGAUUUUAUUGUUCCUUUUGACUUUUAAAACUGCUUACAAAUUCUAUAACUGAAUUAUCUAAAUUUUAUCCUUAUCUUCCCUAUUCUUAUCUAGCCUCUAAAUAUGUACCCACAAAGAGAUUAUGAGCUGCUUGAGGCUGGGGACCAUACAGUAGUGUAUUGGAGCUUAGCUAAUAACAGUUUGUAAGACAUGACUGUGGAAUUGUCAGGAAUUUUGUUAGCCAGUUACCAAAUCAUUGGUAGCUUGAAAUCAGAAACAGUGGGAGUUAUUUACACAUAGAAAUUCAUAAAUAUUAUAAGGAUUCUCUUCCCAAGAAUGAGUUUGUUAAACAUUUCCCAGCCCACCACUGGAACUAUGUCUGAUCCUCCUCUGUGCUCUCUAUUCCUUACACAGUAGGUAAAGCAUAAAUAUUCACAGAAUCAGAAAUCAGGAAAUAGGAAAAGAGGUAAUGUGUAAAUUAAGUCACUUGCUCAGUUAAAUUCAUUUGUAAACAUUGUCAUUGGACCUUACACUUGUAGGAUUCUUUUUUUCUGCCUUAGAAGUUUCUUAAUUUGACUUUGUCUUUGCUUAUAUGCAGUUAUAUGCAGUUGCUUCUCUGACAAGUUGAUAUUCACUGGGCUAAGCUGCUAUCUAAAGCUUGUCACUAAGAACUUUGAUUCUUAGAGGUCAAAACCCUAUUUUGAAAAUAGUAUUGUGUAAAUGCUGUGUUAUACAUGACUCUAGUUAAACAAAUCUUAAGAAUUCAGUUACCAUAUAAGAUUUUACUUGGGUCAUGUUUAAAUAGUUUCCAUAAAUUAAUGAAAUUGAGACUGUGAAUAAGUGUUUUGACUCAGCUGUUUUAUCUGUAUAUUUCAGUGUAAGUGUAUCUUAAAGUUACUAUAAAUCUCUAUUUAAUAAUCUGCUAUUUCUGUAAUUGUAUGCUAAAUGUUUUCUUCUGUAAUAGACUAGAAAAUGUGGAAGAAAAUAUUCAAAAAUGAAGGCAGUCUUCUAGACAUUUAAAAUGCCAAGAAUCUCUCAGAAUUGAAAAAUUCAGAAAUUAUAAGACCUUUAAUAAUUGUCUAACACCUUGAGGUUAUGGUCAUAUGGCAAAUUAUCUUGUAAAACAACUGUUUCUUAGUUUGUUUACAAGUACUAUUUCACUUCCAUGUGGAAAAGAUUUUAUCUGUUAUCAAUUUAAAUGUAUCCUGAAACUACUAUCUCUGCUUAA